AUGUUCAAUAACAACACAGCCUCUGGUGGAGCUAAUAGAAGUUAAAAUACUAAAGAGACUACUCCUAUUUAUACUCCUUAAAACUAUUAAUUGGAAAGAGGAAGCCACAGUAACUCUAUUUUAAAGAACCCAUUGACUACAGAGGGUAACUCUCCAGAUUUUAGAGAUCAUAUAGCGAUGAGCACUGGUAACUUUUACUAGACCAACAAUACAAAUAACAACAUCAGAAAUAAUAUACCAGAGAGCAAAACUGCUACAACAGAUAUGUAUUAUAAUCCUUAAAAUGAUGAAGAUUCUGAUGAUAGCUCAUUUACUUAUUCUUCUGAAGAAGAGGACAAACUUGAUCGUAAAGUUGAUGAAGUGAAUAAACUCAUGGGCAUUUCUUAUAAAAAGAAGUCUCUCAAUGUAAUUAAAAGAAUGGUCUCAAGAAAAAAACGUCGAUAUGUCCAAGAUGAUGUUACUCCAAGGGUAAUUGCGAUGGGAUACCCUGGUGAGAGACUGGAAUAGUUCUACAGGAAUUCGAUGAAGGAUGUGCAGGAGUUUUUCAAGAAAAAACACUCAGGCUAUUAUAAGAUAUAUAAUCUUUGUCAAGAGAGAUCUUACAAUGAUAAGUCUUUUGAAAAGGUGAGUCAGAGAUUUAGGUUUGAAGAUCAUAAUCCGCCACCAUUUGAUAUGAUACUCAAAUUCUGUUAAGAUAUUGAGGAAUUUAUGAAAGAAGAUGAAAGGAAUGUAGCUGCAAUUCAUUGCAAAGCAGGAAAGGGUAGAACUGGAGUUAUGAUUUGCUGUUACCUUAUUUAUUCAAGAGAAUUUAAAGCUGCUCAUGAUGCACUAGUAUUCUAUGGUAAAAUUAGAACUUCAAAUGGCAAGGGAGUAACUAUACCCUCACAGAUCAGAUAUGUCUAUUAUUUUGAAAAUUUCCUUCAGCUGAGAAGAUAACUCUAUCCUUAGAAAAAUCUGAUCUAGAUGCCUAGACAAGUGCUCAAAAUUUAUAAAAUUAGAAUGAUAACCACGCCCCAGUUUUAAAAUGGAGGCAUUGAGCCAACAUUUAAAGUUAAAUACAAGGAUACAGUCAUCUAUGACUAUAAGCAGGAGGGAAAGUCUAAGUUCAUUAGUUCUCUCUCUUACUAUGAUUUUAGAAUAAGCAAAGCUAAUCUGCUUGUCUAUGAUGAUGUAAAAGUAGAAUUUUUCAAUAAAAAUAAACUGUCACUGAAGAAAAUAUUUCACUUUUGGUUCCACACAGCAUUUAUAGAUAACUCAGGAGUAUUGUCGAUGGACAAACCCAUGAUUGAAAAAGCCUCUAAGGAUAAGAAGUGCAGUGUAUUUGAUAGAAACUUCAGAAUUGAAGUAUAUAUGAGUAAGAUUAAGAAUUAUCAAAUGGAGGAAGUUUAUUUUGAUAAGGAUGUGGUUCUUGAAUUGCCAGUUGAGAAAUUUACUGAUGAAUAAUAGAAGCUUUUGAAGAUGGCUGAGGACAAGCCAAAACUUUAGAGAAAGCUCUCACUAUGA